AUGGACAGGAAAGAAUCGACUGCAGUUGUGUUAUUAGACUUGUCGAAAGCGUUCGAUAGCAUUGAACAUUCAUUGCUAUUCAAAAAACUGCAUUCGAUGGGCGUGUCUAGGAAAGCUGUGGAUUGGUUUAAGAGUUACCUCUCAGACAGAACUCAGUCGGUGAGGAUUGGUCAUAUACUAUCAGGCACACUGUGUGUUAUCGCACGAACUUCUCAAGGAUCAAUACUUGGUCCAGCAUUAUUUAGUAUUUAUAUAAACGAUCUUCCAACUACUCCCAUUGUAUGUCCUUUAGAAUCGUAUGUAGAUGACUCUAAGAUUUACUUGUCAUUCUCAUAGAAAGACAUUAAUGUUGCUGAGAUUCAGCUUACAGACGAUCUGAAGAGAAUCGCUGCCUGUUGUUGCUCAAAUAGCCUACUUGCCAAUCCCGAAAAGACUAAACUUCUUCUGUUUGGUACAACACAAAUGCUCAAUCAUGUGCAAGACUUUCGAGUGACUUUCCUCGAAAAGGAACUACGACCGAUAUCUUCAGCCCGAGAUUUGGGAAUGGAAUUUGAUGAAUGUCUGAGCUAUGACGAGCAUAUUACCCACGUGGUUUCAAAAUGUACAAAGUCUCUUUGCCAGAUUAAUCGCGUUAAACAUAUUUUAGACAGCCGCACCUUGAUUGUGAUCAUAAACGCCUUGGUCUUCAGCAAACUUUAUUAUUGUUCAUCUGUGUGGGCAAAUACGUCUAAGAAAAGUAUUGCCAAACUACAAACUGUGCAGAAUUUUGCUGCACGAAUUGUCACAGGCACGAGAAAGUAUGAUCAUAUUACACCCGUGCUACAACAACUAAACUGGCUACCUGUUUCUUAUAUGCUGCAAUAUAAAGAUACUGUUAUGGCUUAUAAAUGUCUUAAAGGAUUAGCACCACCAUACCUUGCUCUUAGAUUCACAUCUAGAUCCCAGACACAUGGUCGGGCGACAAGACAAAUGGAUGAAUUAGAUAUCCCAUUUUAUCGGACAGCUGCUGGUCAGCGCUCUUUUUUAUAUAGAGCAACCAAAUUAUGGAAUGAUUUAGACAAUAACAUUACAGAUAGUUCAAGUAUUGGAGUUUUUAAAAAACUAGUAAGAGAGAUACUGCAUAAAGAGUGCUGGAACAACUCAAAAUAA